AUGUCUUGGAUUACCUGUGGUAAUCAUGUAUACUUCAGUGCAAAAAUUGAUGGAAACAUGGUGGUUCGACCCUACACUCCGAUUACACUAGAUACCCAAAAAGGAUAUGUUGACUUUGUCAUAAAAGUGUAUAAAGGAAGCGUUAAUCCUAAAUUUCCCAAAGGUGGAGUUAUGUCACAAUAUUUGGCUAAUCUCCCUAUCGAUGGAUUUAUUGAUGUUCGUGGUCCAUCUGGAAAAUUGGAAUACAAAGGGUGUGGUUUGUUCUAUAUAAAGCCGGAUCUACGUAGUUCACCUAAUCCUGUAAAAGUGAAACAUGUCAAUAUGAUUUGUGGUGGGUCUGGUAUAACACCAAUGUUCCAGCUAUUAUCUUACAUACUUCAGUCUAAAGAUGAUACAACACAAAUAGCAAUGGUCUUUGCCAAUGUGAGUGAAAAAGAUAUUAUACUACGUGAUGAACUAGAAAAUUUCAAAGAUAAAUAUCCUAAUCAUUUUCGUCUUUGGUAUACAUUGAAUGAAGCACCGGAACGUUGGGCAUACAGUACUGGUUAUGUGAAUGAACAAAUGUUACAAGAGCAUAUUUAUUCAGUGAAAGAUAAUGAUACAAUCACAUUAAUUUGUGGUCCACCAUCAUUUAUUGAAUUUGCUUGCCUUCCAUCACUUAUUAAAUUAGAUUAUCCAAAAAAUAUGAUUCAUGUCUUUUAAGUAUUGGUUUGUUUAUUGUUAAUCUAUUUGAUUGAUUUUAAUUGGUUUUGUUGGUUCCAAUUUAUCUGUAACUUUUCAUUAGUUGUCAUGAUAACAUUAACUUAUUAUAUUGGGUUUUAUUUUGCAUGGGCAAGAUACUACUAUUAUCAUUUAUUUUCUUUAUCUAAUAAUAUCGAUUGUCAAAUGUUUUAAAUAAAUAUUUUAUGCUUA